AUGGCUAAGCGGCCUUCCGCCAUUGUAGUUGGGGCCGGAAUCGGUGGAGUCGCGUCGGCGGCACGCCUUGCCCGAGCUGGUUUCGAUGUCACCGUAUGCGAGAAGAAUGACUUUACCGGCGGACGAUGUUCCUUGAUUCAUCAUGAAGGAUACCGCUUCGACCAAGGGCCAUCACUGCUACUCAUUCCUCGCUUCUUCGAAGAGAUUUUUCACGAUCUGGGCACAUCCAUCGAGUCUGAGGGCAUUGAAAUACUGAAAUGCGAGCCCAACUACAAUAUCUGGUUUCACGACGGCCACUGCUUCAGCGCAUCCACCGACCUGGCGAGCAUGAAGCUGGAAAUCGAGAAAUGGGAAGGCGAGGCUGGCUUUCAGCAGUACCUGUCUUUUCUGCAGGAAUCUCACAGGCACUUGGAGCUCAGCGUGACCCAUGUUCUCCGCAAGAACUUUACGUCGCUCCUCUCCAUGGCGCGGCCAAGCUUUCUGCGACACAUUCUCAAGCUUCAUCCUUUCGAGUCAGUGUAUGGCCGGGCGUCGAGGUAUUUCAAGAGUGAGCGACUGAGAAGAGUCUUUACUUUUGCGACCAUGUAUAUUGGGCUCUCACCCUAUGAUGCGCCAGGAAUCUACUCUCUCCUGCAAUAUUCAGAGCUGGCUGAAGGUAUCUGGUACCCCCGUGGAGGCUUCCAUCGCAUCAUUGAGGGUCUGGUUGCUGUUGGAGAGCGCCUAGGAGUAAAGUAUCGCCUCAACGCACCAAUUAAUCGUGUCAUGGUCGACGAGCAUUCAAAUCGCGCAACCGGCGUUAUUUUAUCAUCGGGGGAACAACUCAAGGCCGACGUCGUCGUGAUCAAUGCUGACCUAGUCUAUGCAACCAAUCACCUACUACCUAGCACACCACGCGCUGAGCGUCUUUCCAAGCAGCCGGCUUCCUGCAGCUCCAUCUCCUUUUACUGGGCAUUGUCUCGCGAGAUUCCCGAACUUCAAGCGCACAAUGUCUUUCUCGCUGAUGAGUACCGCGAGUCCUUUGACGCAAUCUUCAAGCGGCAGGAUAUGCCAGAACAGCCGUCCUUUUAUGUCAAUGUGCCGAGCCGCGUCGAUGAAACCGCCUCACCAGCAGGUACCGAUGCCGUAGUGGUUCUUGUGCCAGUUGGUCAUCUAGGAGGGGGUACGACAAGCAAAAAGGACUGGCACAAAAUGGGGGAAACUGCUCGCGAAUGCGUCAUCUCGACACUGGAAGCCCGUACUGGCGUCACUGGACUGAGGGACGCAAUAAUCAAGGAAAUUGUCAAUACCCCGGAAACUUGGAAAACUCACUUCAAUCUUGAUCGUGGCGCUAUACUUGGACUAAGUCACGGUUUUUUCAACGUCUUGAGCUUUCGACCGAGUACCAGCAAUCCUGAUGUAGGCGCGUGCUACUUUGUCGGUUCAAGCACCCAUCCCGGAGCAGUCAUUCAAUUAUUCUCGUCUCGCAUUCCCUCUGGUCCGAGAGUACCAGAUGAAUUGGGAAUUCUUUACCACUACGAAAACAAGGACUCUCUCAUGUCGUCAAGCAAUGCUACCGAUGCUGGUGGCCAGCGUGAUCUGCCAGACCUCCCUAGUGGAGAUUACACGGUGGGUUGGAUCUGUGCAAUCCCUCCUGAAUACGUCGCCGCCAUUGCGCUUCUUGAUGAGCAGCACAAGCGAUCGGAUAAUUCGAAGCAUCAGUACACGCUGGGGAAAAUGGCCGGGCACAAUGUUGUCAUUGCCGUUUUCCCGGACGGAGAGUACGGUACUGCCACUGCAGCAGCCACUGCCAGGAACCUGCUUAGCACUUUCCCCAAUAUCACCAUCGGUCUCAUGGUAGGCGUAGGUGGUGGUGCACCAAGCGAGAAACACGACAUCCGGCUAGGUGAUGUUGUUGUGAGUGCGCCAGGAAAUGAGGAACCUGGCGUUUUCCAGUAUGAUUACGGCAGGACUAUUCAGAACCAGGCGUUUCAGGAGACACAGCAUCUGGAUAAGCCGCCCUCAGUGCUCAGGGAGGCAGUCAGUGCCAUCAAGGUGGCACACGAGAUGUACGGCCACAACAUACCAGACAUGAUCACGACAGCCUUGAACAAAGUACCAAGGAUAAGAGCAAGGUUUAGCUCGCCAGGCCCGGAUUCGGACAAGCUUUAUUUAUCGACUGUCGUUCAUCCUUUCAAUGAUAAUUCGCGAUGCGAUAUCAGUUGUGGCGUGGAAGAUUCGCUCUUUGUUUUCCGCCGUGAGCGGCACGAAGAUGAAGAUGAUCCAUUUAUACAUUACGGACUCAUUGCCACUGCGAACCAAGUCAUGAAAGACGCCACAAUUCGGGACAGGCUGGCAAAAGAAAGAGACGUGCUUUGUUUCGAAAUGGAAUCCGGCGGGUUAAUGAACCACUUCCCAUGUUUGGUGGUGCGAGGGAUAUGCGACUAUGCAGACACGCAUAAGAACAAGGUGUGGCAGGGAUAUGCGGCCAUGACUGCAGCGGCAUACACAAAAAGUCUCCUCGAGAAGAUCCAGCCCGGCAGCGCCACGGAAGCGGAGAAACUUAGCGAGUUGCUUCAAGAUGUUCUCUCCUCUUCCCACGAAGCCGCCGCUGGAAUCAGCAAUCUCCACACAUCCUUGCGCCAUGACAAAAUCACGGAAUGGCUGUCACCGCCAGAUUACCGGCAGAACUUUAGCACUGCUAAAGGGAAGCAUCAGAGCGGUACUGGUCAAUGGCUACUUGAUAGUGAACACUAUAAGUCUUGGAAAACAGACAAAUCGUCCUCGUUAUGGUUGAAUGGCAAGACAGGGUGCGGCAAGACCAUUCUCAGCUACACUGUUAUUGCAGAUCUGGAAGAAGACGAACGUACAUCUGAUGCAUCCCUCUUUUUCUACUUUGACUUCACCGAUGUGAAGAAGCAAUUCACAGAAAAUGCGCUCUGCUCUCUUAUUGACCAGCUGUACGACAAAAAGGACGACGCUCGCGCACCCUUGGACAAGCUCUUCGAAAAAAAAGUCCCCAACAAAGACCCCGAUUAUUACAUAUUAAAUGAGGUCUUUCAGUCGAUGAUCAAGCUGUGCAGUCAAGUCUGGAUUGUUCUUGAUGCACUUGACGAGUGCAGCAACCGCAGUAAAGAAAAAGCCAACGGUCUCUUAUCAUGGAUUGAGCAUCUACAAUGCGCUUGCUCAAAUGUUCAUAUUAUGUUCACGAGCCGGCCCGAGCCAGACAUACAAGAAUCCAUCGAUACGUGGCACAACUGCAACAAAAUCUUACUACAGCCUGGCCUAGUGAGCGACGACAUUACUACCUAUGUCCAUAGAAGAGUCGCGAGGAUGAAGUUGUGGCAAAACAAGCCUAUAUUACAGAAGCUAAUGCGGGAUACACUUAUUCAAGGUGCCAAAGGAAUGUUCCGAUGGGUAGCCUGUCAGUUUGACACGUUAGAAAUGUGCCUUAGCCCUGGGGAUGUGGAGGACAAGUUGAAGAAUCUACCAGAAACAUUGGAUGCGACUUAUGCCCAAAUGAUGGGUAGAAUCAAUCCAGCCUACAAACAUCACGCCAUUCGAAUUCUACAAUUCUUGACUUACUCUGAACGGCCACUUCGAAUCGAUGAGGCGGUUGACGCAGUUACCGUACGAUUGACCGAUACCCCCCGAUUCGAGCCGAGAUAUCGGCUGGAAGAUCCCAAAAUGAUCGUUUGCUACUGUCCUGGUUUCGCUGUUCUGGUUGAAGCGUAUGACCAGCGGGCGAAGAAACACGUCAUUGAACUACAACUUGCGCAUCUUUCCGUUGAGGAGUAUUUCAAGUCGGAUAAACUCGAAAAAGACGUAGCAGGGUAUUUUGAAGAGGUUACUGCGGCCAAAACUCUUACUGAAAUCUGCGUCUCGUACUUGAUGACUUUGAGAGGGCCGACUCUACGACGGCAGCUGUUGGAGCAAUACCCCUUUGCCAAGUACGCAGCUAAAUACUGGUCAAAAUUCGCAUUCACGGUGGAAUCAUGCAGUGACGAAGUGGUUGAGCUUGUCAAAAAUUACUACUCAGCUGCAGCUCACGAAGCAUUCAGCAUAGGUUAUCAAAUCUCUAGCACAGACUACUAUUACAAGGACAACAGCAGCGACACAGUCACGCCCCUCUACUACGCAUCUUUCAGCGGCUUACUUAAUUCUGGUAUUACGGUUGUGCUCUGA